AUGGGUCAACUGUGUGGCCGAUGCAUGCAGCUGCUGCGGGACUUCGUGGCGUUUGUUCAGAGGAUGUCCUCCAACCUGGUGCAUGGCAUCAAGGAAUGCUUCAUUCUGAUAAGCGAGUGCUCCUGCUUAAAACAGCACAGCUCUAAAGCCAGACAGCUGUACAAGCCCAUCCUGCAGCCUCACGAGAGGGUGACAGCACAAGAGUUUCUGCAGCAUAUUGAAAGAGGUUUUGAAAUCUCACCACUUGGAAAGGACCCUCUGGAAGCCUUGAGGACCUUAGCCUUUUCAGAAAACCCAGGUUUACAGCAGUCUGCUGCCCUCUAUUACUUGCAUAUGAGUCAGCACAUGAACAUCCCCCUGCCUGUGGAGCACCUGGAACCCUUCUAUGCCUUACUACGGUCUGCUGACCUGGAGGUGCAGCAGAUGUCUUCCUUGUCGCUUGUCAACUUCUUGCUGGAAGGAAAUGUUGACAAAGAAUUAGUUGUCCAAAUGGGUUUACUUGAGCCAAUUCUGGAUCUGCUUGAGUCAGAGGAUCCCACUGUCCAGUGUAAUUCCUGUGCCUGCACCAUGACUUUGGCUGUUUCAGAGUCCAACCGAGAAGCUAUUGGCGCUGCUCGAGGAGUCACACCCCUACUGUCUCUUGCAAAUUCCUAUGAUCCUAGAGUCCAACAAAAUGCAGUUGGUGCUAUUCUCAACCUCACACAAUCAGAGAAAAUCCAACAGGUCCUGUGCAAGGAAGGAGCCCUACCAGUUCUUGCCUUGCUGCUGGAAUCUCCUGACUCAGAAGUACAGUAUUACAGCUGUGCUGCCCUAAGCAACGUGGCAGCCAACGUUCAGCACCACGAAGCCAUGCUGGGACCUGGCAAUGGAUUCCUGCUACAGACACUCAUCUCUCUCCUCUCCUCUUCUGUUGACAAGGUUUCAAGCCAGGCAUGUGUUUGCCUAAGAAAUUUGGCUACCAGUGCAGACAUCCAGGCUGAGAUGGUUGCUGAAGAUGUCCUGCCCAAGCUGUGCUCCCUCCUGGCGUCUGGCAGUGAGGACGUGCGUCGUGCCUCCAUCGCUCUGCUCUGGAUACUGUCCCAGCACCCGCACAACCAGGACACUCUGACAUGUGCCGAGCUACUACAGAGCUUGGGGAUGCUACUGUCGGCGCAUAAAACAGACCCUGUGAUUGUUGGCCAUACUGCUUGUGUCAUCAAAAACCUGAGCCUUUCCAAAAACAGACAGAGAAUCAUUGAGAGCCCAUGUAUUGAAGGUCUCCUUCAGACCAUGCUUUCUACCAACAACACUCAAGAAGACUCUCUCCACUAUGUAACAUCUUGCCUGGCUGAGCUAUCAAAGCAAGAAGAAGCCGUGUUGCACAUGGUCCAGCGGAUGGAUAAACCCUUGACAAAGUGUUUGGUGAGACUGGCUGGUCAACUGGAACAUACAGAGACAUCCUUUCAAGCUGCCUCCAUCAUCCAGCACAUGACAGGUCACGAAAAAAUGAUGCUUUUGUUGAAGCGUCACAUUGGAGAGAUUCAGGCCUACCUCAAGAAUUUUCUUACCCAUCAAGAGAUCCGUUUUCAGCAGCUGGGCAUCUCUACAUUCUGCAGACUUCGAGAAGAUCCAGAAUUUUCACAAGCAUUCAGAAAAAGCCAGAUGGCCAAACUCCUCGAGCAAGUCCGUCAACAAACAGAAGAAACUCAAGAGCUACUUAGGGCAGCUAUUUGUCAUAAGGACAGUUAA